AUGGCCGUUGAUUUAAUGCGUUUCCCUAAGAUCGACGAUCAAAAAGCUAUUCAAGAAGCUGCAUCGCAAGGUAUACAGAGUAUGGAGCAUCUGAUUCGUGUCCUCUCCAAUCGUCCUGAACAACACAAGAACGUUGAUUGCUCUGAUAUCACUGAUUUCACCGUUUCCAAAUUCAAAACCGUUAUUUCUCUUCUUAAUCGAACCGGUCAUGCUCGGUUUAGACGCGGUCCGGUUCAUUCCUCUCCUCCUCCUCCGAGUCAGAUCGUGAAAAUCGCUCAAUCUGAAGCUCCGAUUGUUUCUCAACCGAUUAGAAAACCGACGAAUCUCGUUCCUCCACCGUCGUCGAGCUUUGUUCAUUCGAAUCAACCGAGCGUAACACUCGAUUUCACUAAACCAAGCAUUUUCGGAUCCAAAUCAAAGAGCUCUGAGCUUGAAUUCGCAAAAGAAAACUUCAGUGUUUCUCUAAACUCAUCCUACAUCUCGUCGGCGAUCACCGGCGACGGUAGCGUCUCCAAAGGAUCUUCAAUCUUCCUCGCGUCGGCUCCGUCGCAGCCUGUAACCUCCUCCGGGAAGCCACCGCUAGCCGGUCAUCCUUACAGAAAGAGAUGCCUUGAGCACGAACACUCCGAAGAUUUCUCCGGCAAGAUCUCCGGCUCCGGUCACGGCAAGUGCCAUUGCAAAAAAAGAAAAAAUCGGAUGAAGAGAACCGUGAGAGUACCGGCGAUAAGUGCGAAGAUCGCCGAUAUUCCACCGGACGAGUUUUCAUGGAGGAAAUACGGUCAAAAACCGAUCAAAGGAUCACCACACCCACGUGGUUAUUACAAGUGUAGUACGUUUAGAGGAUGUCCAGCGAGGAAACACGUGGAACGAGCUUUGGAUGAUCCAACGAUGCUUAUCGUGACUUACGAAGGAGAACACCGUCAUAACCAGUCCGCGAUGCAGGAGAAUAUUUCCUCUUCAGGUGUUAAUGAUCUGGUGUUUGCUUCGGCUUGA